AGCCAGAAGUAAGCGAUACCGAACCUCACGUUGUCUACCGUCGCUGCAGCGAAGUCGAAUGUUAGCACAUCAUGUUAGCUUUAAACAGUUAUUACUGGGUUACGAAAUGUCCGUCACCUCGACACGUUAAUGGCAUAGUGAGUGUGAUUCAUAACAUUGCACUGGACACACGAGACCGACAUCAGGCUUUGUCCUCUAGAGCGCUUUGCGUCAGGCCACUGCAGCCACACGGAGCGACGCUGCAUAUUCAUACUUCUGCACUGCAGUGUCGUAGUUUAUUAAUGAAGUUUCUUAACAAGAGGAAGAAACGGUGGUACGAUAGCUCUCAGUUUGUACCUGUAGGUCAGUCUGGCUUUAAGAGACCAACAAAAAACAAAGGUCAAGAUAGUCUCCGUGUGCGAAUGCUCAAUACCAUCCUGUACAAGGCACUGUCAGACCUGCUGACUUCUCAUGAAGUCAGUGCAGACAUCCCUGAUUACAGCGUGGAGAUUACAAAAGUUUCAUUGCCAGAAGAUUUCUCUGCUUGUCGAGUCUACUGGAAGACAAGUUGGUGCUCUGAGCAAGACAGCAAGAUUCAGCAGGUUCUGGAUAAAAGUGCCCCUCGUAUGCGAUACCUUCUCAUCUCACAGCAGGUCAUAGCCAGUGUUCCUCCCAUAGUUUUUAUAAAAGACAAGCAAUAUGCUGCUUUGAAAGAGAUUGAAAACCUUCUCGCAAUUGCAGAUUAUGGUCCCAGCGAAGAAUCAGAACAUUUGCCCCUCAGUGGAAAAGAUGCUGAGACAAGACUGCACUCUUCAGAGCCUGUGGAGGGGAGGGAAAGACCCUUAUUUGGCAUCGAUCACGAUACCCUGCACAAACAGAUAGAGGUCUACAAGCAGCGGUCGAGAGACCCUUACCUGCAAGGCAGCAGCUCGGGGCAACUAACUGAAGAACAGCUGGACACCCUAGCUGCGAUCAGGAAGCAGAGGCUCAUUGAGAAAAAGAAACGCAAGUCGAAGAAGGUGAAAGAUGACGAUGUCACCCCGAAAGCAUUCCUGCUCGCAAGUCAACUGCAGACAGAGGAGGAGGAGCAGGAGGAAGAGUAUAGCAAGGAGAAGGAAGUGGAGGACAGCCAGAUUACACAGCUGAUGGGAGGUGAUGACUACAAGCACUGAAAAAAGAGAUUUCAGGCAUCAAAUUUAUCUGGGAAGGCCACUCAGGCCACUCUUUGACAAGUUGGUAUAGUUAAAAUAUUUUGGAUCCAUUUCUGAUAGAAAUCAGGGUGUUGCAACUUUUUUUUUAUUUGCAAAGUGAACCGCUAUCAUGUUUCCUA